AAACCUAAUUCAUCAUUCUAAUUCGGCCGUCUCUCUCAUCUUCUCAUCGAGCAAAAAUGCCGUUCAAGCGUUUCGUUGAGAUCGGAAGGGUUGCCCUUGUCAACUAUGGACCUGAAUACGGUCGUCUUGUUGUCAUUGUCGAUGUUAUCGACCAGAAUCGGGCACUUGUUGAUGCACCUGAUAUGGUAAGAUCUCAAAUCAAUUUCAAGAGACUUUCUCUUACAGAUAUUAAGAUUGAUAUCAAGAGGGUUCCAAGGAAGAAGACCUUGAUUGAAGCAAUGGAGGCUGCAGAUGUUAAGAACAAAUGGGAGAGUAGUUCAUGGGGAAGAAAGUUGAUUGUGCAAAAGAAAAGAGCUUCUUUGAAUGAUUUUGAUAGAUUCAAGAUUAUGUUGGCCAAAAUCAAGAGAGCUGGAGUUGUUCGACAGGAGCUUGCUAAGUUGAAGAAACAGGCUGCAUAGAUUGUUACAUGGUUCAUGGCUGUGGCUUUUGUUUAAGUUUUAAGGUUGAUUGUUUUUCUUUGUUAAGAUGUUUCAAGAGAAGACUUUUCCUUUGUAAGAUGACAAUUUUGUUGUUAUGGAUGCUGGAUUAUAUUUAUGAUUUUAUUUUGGUCAUUGA